UGUCGCACGACUAUGGCACGUUGUUCCUGGUGUUUCAGCUCAGCAGACCACAUCGGGUCAGUUUCCCAUCAGCGGGCUGACAGUAAGACGCUUCUAUUGCAGUUUGGUUAGCAGCAGUGCCAUACAGUCAUGGAUACGCCGGGGGAUGAAUUUAUGAAAUAUCGAUCGCCUCUAGUCUCACGAUAUGCCAGCAAAGAAAUGUCCUACAAUUUCAGCGACAGGAAGAAAUUCACGACGUGGAGAAAACUAUGGAUUUACCUUGCCAAAGCUGAGAAGGCCCUUGGAUUGCCUAUCACCGAUGCCCAGGUGGCCGAGAUGGAGAGCCGUGCAGAGGAUGUCGACUUCGCAAUGGCGGCGGAGGAGGAGAAAAGGCUUCGGCAUGACGUAAUGGCACAUGUGCAUACCUUUGCCCACUGCUGCCCCACUGCCGCGCCCAUCAUCCACCUGGGGGCCACGUCCUGCUACGUGGGGGACAACACGGAUCUGAUUGUCCUGCGGGAUGGGUUUGACAUUCUCCUACCGAAGCUGGCUCGAGUGAUAGAUAGACUGGCUACCUUUGCUGAGAAAUAUGCUGAUCUACCCACGCUGGGUUUCACACAUUACCAACCUGCCCAGCUGACCACGGUGGGGAAGCGGGCUUGUCUUUGGUUGCAGGACCUGACUAUGGACAUGCGGAACCUUCAGCGUGCCAGGGAUGACCUGCGUUUCCGGGGGGUCAAAGGAACCACGGGCACACAGGCCAGCUUCCUGCAGCUUUUCCAGGGGGACCAUGAUAAAGUAGAAGAGUUGGACAGGAUGGUCACAGAAAUGGCGGGGUUUAAAAAGGCGUACCUGGUAACGGGGCAGACGUACAGUCGCAAGGUGGACAUAGACUCGCUGUCAGUCCUGGCCAGUCUGGGAGCCACGGUGCAUAAGAUCUGCACGGACAUCCGCCUGCUGGCCAACUUGAAGGAGAUCGAGGAGCCGUUUGAGAAGGAGCAGAUCGGGUCCAGCGCCAUGCCCUACAAACGGAAUCCCAUGCGGGCAGAGCGGUGCUGUAGCCUGUCCCGCCACUUGGUGGCGCUCCUCUCUGACCCACUGCAGACGGCCUCAGUGCAAUGGCUGGAGCGAACGCUGGACGACAGCGCCAACCGCCGCAUCUCUCUGGCUGAGUCCUUCCUGACUGCGGACAUCAUCCUCAGCACCCUGCAGAACAUCACCGAAGGCCUCGUUGUCUAUCCCAAGGUGAUUGAGCGGCAUAUCCGUCAUGAGCUGCCCUUCAUGGCCACCGAGAACCUCAUCAUGGCCAUGGUGAAAGCUGGAGGUAACAGACAGGACUGUCACGAAAAAAUCAGAGUACUUUCCCAGCAAGCAGCUGCUGUGGUCAAACAGGAAGGUGGUGACAAUGACCUUCUGGCCCGUGUGAAGGCAGACCCCUAUUUUGCCCCGAUUCUUGGCGAACUUGACACCUUACUGGACCCCAAAACGUUCAUUGGGAGAGCCCCACAGCAGGUGUCGAGGUUCCUGUCUGAGGAGGUAUAUCCCCUGCUGGAGCCCUUCAAGGAGAAGAUGAAUGUCAAAAUUGAACUGGAGCUAUAGCACUUGGAUGAAUUCCAUCUGGGCACUAGCGGCCGCUGUGGGUCUUGGAGUGUUUGGGGCUUAAGUGUGGGUUGUGUGUCUUGAGCCAGCGAGCACCUCAAUGUACCGGAUGAGCUGUUACUGACCCUGGUAGCUCUGUCUGUUUGAUGGAAGAGGUACAAUAAAACAAGCAUGGAUACCAUCA